UGUGGUGCACACUGAAAACGAAUGUGAUAAGGGCAGCUGUCAGUCGAUAAACGUUAUCAAUUUCCCACAGUUAUCCGCAAUCAAAUCUCAAACAGCCCACCAUUUGAAUGCCACGAUAGCUAGGGCACUAUAGCUUUUAUAGUGCCUUAUGGUAGCUUACGAUUUUCGGGAACGCUCUAAAGUUUGAAACGUACAUUUUUCAUCUAUAGUGCUUGAAGAAUCACUUGUAAUACUAUAAGUGCCACCAUCGACAACGAAUUUUCUGUCUAUUACACAGAUUUUGCACGACUUUUUGAUUCGAAGUAGCCUUGUUCAUUACCGUUCUGAAUUUGAAGAUGGCUAAAGUAAUUUUAGUCACUGGCGGAUCUGGGCUAGUAGGUAGUGCUAUUAGAACUAUUGUUGAGACCCAAAAAGAAGCGCUACCCGAUGAACAAUGGAUAUUUACUAAUUCUAAAGAAGCAGAUCUCAACGAUUUGCAAGCGACUAAAAAUUUAUUCGAAAAAUACAAACCAACUCAUGUUAUACAUUUGGCAGCUAUGGUUGGUGGACUUUUUCAUAACAUGAAUAACAAUUUGGAUUUUUUGCGCAAAAAUAUACACAUAAACGAUAAUGUAUUAGAAACUAGUUAUCAGUUCAAUGUCAAGAAAGUAGUAUCGUGUCUUUCUACAUGUAUAUUUCCAGACAAAACUCCAUAUCCUAUUGAUGAAACAAUGAUACAUAACGGACCUCCUCAUUCAUCUAAUUUUGGUUAUAGUUAUGCCAAGCGAUUGUUGGAUAUUGCCAACAGAGCUUAUCAUCAAAAAUAUGGAGUAAUAUUUACUUCAGUUGUGCCAUGUAAUGUAUUUGGACCUUAUGACAAUUUUGAUUUACAAAAUGCUCAUGUAGUACCUGCUCUUAUUCAUCGACUUCACAUAGCUAUAGAAAAAGGAGAUGAUAAGUUUGUAGUACUUGGUUCAGGAAAACCUUUGCGGCAAUUUAUUUAUUCAUUGGAUUUAGCCAGAUUAUUCAUUUGGACUUUAAGAAAUUACAAUGACAUAGAACCAAUUAUUUUAUCAGUGGAUGAGAAAGAUGAAGUAACAAUUUCUCAACUAGCUGAAAUGAUAGCCAAGUCAUUUAAUUUCCAAGGAAUUCUAGAAUUUGAUACAAGUGCUGCAGAUGGACAAAUAAAGAAAACUGCGAGUAAUGACAAACUAAGAAAACUUUUACCAAAUUUUAAAUUUACUAACUUAGAAAUAGCAAUAGCUGAUACUGUUGAUUGGUUCAAAAAGAAUCAUAAACAAGCAAGACUGAUCGCCCCAUAAUUAUUUAUAUAAAAUUACAUUAUAAAAUAAUGUAUUUUAUGUUAACAGUUGGACUAAAACAUAACAUCCGAAUUUCCUUUAAAUUUUAUUUGUAUUAUUAUUUACUUAUAUACCUAUGAUGAAUAAUAAUGUUAAUUAUACUACAAUA